AUGUCUAAGCCCGUUGCCCUCAUCCUUGGCUCAGGCCCAAGAGUCGGCGCCGCUGUUGCCGCCAAGUUCGCAAGCACAGGCUACUCCGUGGCGAUCACUUCCCGCAAGGCUGCUGAGGGCAAGUCCUCAGAAGGAUACUUGUCUGUCAAAGCAGACCUGUCCAACCCUUCUUCGGUCUCUGCCGUCUUUGAUGCUGUCAAAGCUGAGUUCAAGGCCGCUCCGAGCGUUGUCAUCUACAACGCAGCAGCCUUCUCACCGCCUGCGGGUGACGAUCUGUUUUCCAUCCCAGUGGAGAGCCUUGACGCCGAUCUCAACACGAACACCGUGUCCGUCUAUGCGGCUGCCAAGGAAGCAGUUAAGGGAUGGGCGACGCUCACAGGAGACUCCAAGAAAGUGUUCAUCUACACUGGCAACAAGCUGAAUACUUGGGUUGCGCCAAUGCUACUUACUGCGACACUGGGUAUUGGUAAGAGGGCUACCAGCUACCUUAUCGGUUCGGCAGAUACUCGCUAUGCCAAGGAUGGUUACCGCUUCUUCUACGCCGAUGAGCGUAACGCCGAUGGCAGCAUCAAGGGAAUGGCGAUUGACGGCGAAGCACAUGCCGAUUUCUUCGCUCAGCUCGCGAGCGGAGAGGGUGAGAUUCCAUGGCAUGCUACUUUUGUCAAGGGACAGGGCUACACCAAGUUCGAGUAG